CCUUGCUGCACCUCAUGCCUGGUGUCCCUCCCCAGGCUGUUCAGCUGGGCGCUGCUGCGGUUCCUGAACUGCCUCUUCCUGAAUGUGCAGCUCCACAAGGGUCAGAUGAAGAUGGUCCAGAAGGCCGCCCAGGCAGGCUCGCCACUUGUCCUCCUCUCUACUCACAACCUCCUGGACGGGAUCCUGCUACCCUUUAUGCUGCUCUCCCAGGGCCUGGGUGUGCUCCGUGUGGCCUGGGACUCCCGCGCCUGCUCCCCUGCCUCAGUUCUCCUGAGGAAGCUUGGGGGGCUUUUCCUGCCCCCAGAGGCCAACCUCUCCCUGGACAGCUCUGAGGGGCUCCUUGCAAGGGCUGUGGUCCAGGCGGUCAUAGAGCAGCUGCUGGUUAGUGGACAGCCCCUGCUCAUCUUCCUGGAGGAACCUCCUGAGUCCCCGGGGCCACGGCUGUCAGCCCUGGGCCAGGCUUGGCUGGGGUUUGUGGUGCAGGCAGUCCAGGUGGGCAUCGUCCCAGAUGCUCUGCUGGUACCAGUGGCCGUCACCUAUGACCUGGUUCCAGAUGCACUGUGUGACAUAUACCAUGCCUCGGCCCCCCUGGGGCUGUGGACAGGAGCUCUGGCUGUGCUACGUAGCCUGUGGAGCCACUGGGGCUGCAGCCGCCGGAUCUGCUCCAGGGUGCACCUAGCUCAGCCCUUCUCCCUGCAGGAAUACAUCGUCAGUGCCAGAAGCUGCUGGGGCGGCCGGCAGACCCUGGAGCAGCUACUGCAGCCCAUCGUGCUGGGCCAAUGUACUGCCGUCCCAGACACUGAGAAGGAGCAGGAGUGGACUCCCAUAACUGGGCCUCUCCUGGCCCUCAAGGAAGAGGACCAGCUCCUGGUCAGGAGACUGAGCUGUCAUGUCCUGAGUGCCAGUGUGGGGAGUGCUGCGGUGAUGAGCACGGCCAUCAUGGCGACACUGCUGCUCUUCAAGCACCAGAAGGGCGUGUUCCUGUCACAGCUCCUGGGGGAGUUCUCCUGGCUGACGGAGGAGAUACUGUUGCGUGGCUUUGAUGUAGGCUUCUCUGGGCAGCUGCGGAGCCUGCUGAAGCACUCUCUGAGCCUGCUGCGGGCGCACGUGGCCCUGCUGCACAUCCGCCAGGGCGACUUGCUGGUGGUGCCGCGGCCUGGCCCAGGCCUCACGCAGCUGGCACGGCUGAGUGCUGAGCUGCUGCCCGUCUUCCUGAGCGAGGCUGUGGGCGCCUGUGCAGUACGGGGGCUGCUGGCAGGCAGAGUGCCGCCCCAGGGGCCCUGGGAGCUGCAGGGCAUAUUACUGCUGAGCCAGAAUGAGCUGUACCGCCAGAUCCUGCUGCUGAUGCACCUGCUGCCGCAAGACCUGCUGCUGCUAAAGCCCUGCCAGUCUUCCUACUGCUACUGUCAGGAGGUGCUGGACCGGCUCAUCCAGUGCGGGCUCCUGGUCGCUGAGGAGACCCCAGGCUCCCGGUCAGCUUGUGACACAGGGCGACAGCGACUGAGCAGGAAGCUGCUGUGGAAACCAAGUGGGGACUUUACUGAUAGUGACAGUGAUGACUUUGAAGAGGCUGAGGGCCGGUACUUCAGGCUCAGCCAGCAGUCACACUGCCCAGACUUCUUUCUCUUCCUCUGCCGCCUGCUCAGCCCACUGCUCAAGGCCUUUGCACAGGCUGCCGCCUUCCUCCACCAGGGCCAGCUGCCCGAUACUGAGUCGGGCUACACAGAACAGCUGUUCCAGUUCCUCCAGGCCACCGCCCAGGAAGAAGGGAUCUUUGAGUGUGCGGACCCAAAGCUCGCCAUCAGUGCUAUCUGGACCUUCAGAGACCUAGGGGUUCUGCAGCAGAUGCCGAGCCCUGCAGGCCCCAGGCUCCACCUGUCCCCUACUUUUGCCAGCCGGGAGAAUCAGCAAAGACUAGAACAGUUUAUCCGGCAGUUCAUUUGUAGCUAGAACUGUGAGAAGGAGCCUGUGCCGAGACUUCUCAGCCCCACAACACAGCCGUGUCCUAGAGCCAGAAGACGGAGAGGAGGCUGCAAACCCUUAGCUGGUCUAUAAAUAUAAUCAUUGAGGCUUGA